ACUACAUUCAUUUGGAGGACAAAUUGGAUUAUGACACUUUUUUGCACACAAACGGAUGCAACACUGAGUGGAGUACUUUGAUAGUGCUUUGAUAGUAUUUCAGAACUUUUUUGGUUUUUAAUUUAGCUGGGAGCAUAACAUUUUUUUUCGUUAAUAAACAUGACAUAAGAUGAAUAUCUCUCUUUCUGUGACAAUAAGAUUACAGCUUAGAGGCAUUUUAUCUUUACAACAAAAGUGGAAAUAAUUAUAAUAAAUUAAAGUAAUGAUAAACUGGGAUUGCGAGAUAGAUUUACCUGAUUUAAACUGCACAUCUCCGGGAAUAUUUUGGAUCGUUUUUGGACCUCAAAGUGAUAUGAGGGGAACAACCCCAAUGUCACAGGUACAGGAACAGUAAGUGUUAAAGAAAGAGACAGACAAACCCUCAUUCAAGUGCAGACAGGUAGACAGACAGACAGACAAUCUGAUGCCAACUGUCUCCUCUGUGACUCUCACGGGACGACUCCUCCUGCUGUUGCUAUGGGCAACCCACCUCACCAUAGCAACCAACUGGCUCUCACUGGCACGUUUGCCACGCUCUCGUCCUGUGUCUGGUGCAGAACCAUGUGGCCGUCUAAGGGGGUUGACGCCAGGCCAAGUUGGGGUGUGCCGGGCACGGGGGGAGGUUAUGGAGUCCGUGCGAAAGGCUGCAGAGAUGGUCAUUGAGGAGUGCCAACAUCAGUUCCGAAACCGACGCUGGAAUUGUUCCACUACCCCGCGGGGGAUUAAUGUGUUUGGACGAGUCAUGAAUCAAGGAACCCGUGAGGCAGCCUUUGUCCACGCUCUUUCAUCGGCUGCGGUAGCCGUGGCCGUGACUCGGGGCUGUAGCAGAGGAGAGCUGGAAAGGUGUGGUUGUGACCGAAAGGUCAGGGGUGUCAGCCCAGAGGGAUUCCAGUGGUCCGGCUGUUCUGAUAACCUCUCGUACGGUGUUGCAUUCUCUCAGACUUUUGUGGAUGAGCCCGAGAGGGCUAAAGGCAUGUCAUCAGGACGGCCGCUCAUGAACAUUCACAAUAAUGAAGCAGGACGGAAGGCAGAAAUUUUCCAUUCACUGUUAUCCAGCUAUCAGUGUGUUUUGGUUUUCUCAUGUUUUUCUGCCCCUAUUUAGGCGAUUCUUCAUAACAUGCAGGUGGAGUGUAAGUGCCAUGGUGUUUCCGGGUCAUGUGAGCUCAGAACCUGUUGGAAGGUCAUGCCUCCCUUCCGCCGGGUUGGUUCUGUGCUGAAAGAGCGCUUUGAUGGAGCUACAGAGGUACGACUCACUCGCAUAGGCUCUCGCACAGCUCUCCUUCCACGAGACUCACAGGUGAAGCCACCAGCAGCCCGUGACCUGGUUUACCUGGCAUCCUCACCAGAUUUUUGUCGUUUAGACCCAGACAAUGGCAUCCCUGGUACUGCAGGACGACGCUGUAAUGGAACCUCAAGGUUGGCACCAGAUGGCUGUGAGCUGCUAUGCUGUGGUCCAGGGUUUAAGGCAGGCCGAGCAGAGGUGGUGCAGCGUUGCUCGUGUAAGUUUUCCUGGUGCUGCUCAGUUCGCUGCCAGCAGUGUAAAAACACAGUGCUCAUACACACCUGCCGAGAAUGAAGCUCACCUGAAAAAACACUGCUUGCCACCUCUAAAUGUCCCAUGUGAGGAUGACAACCAACUCCACACAAAACUACUAUUAUAUUAUCUCAGUGGCGGCCGGUGACUUCUUUUUUUCGAAGGCGCUAGAUGCGAAGUUCGUCACAAUAUGUAUGUAGCCCGUCAUGUGUGGGGUUCGUAAUUUCAAAAUAUGUGUUUCCCGCGUUG